AAUCCCAAACAAUCCAACUCCCAAAUCUCUCUCGCGCCAUGCCGUGCGCGGAUUGCUUCGGAUUCCUCGGCGCGUUUUCCAAGCCUUCGGAGCCAUCGCUGAGAAUCCUCACGGCCAAUGACGUUUACAAGCCCGAGCGGUUUGCUGUCCUCCGAAGCCUCUGCAAGCGCCAAAAAAGCAACUGCCGCGCGCCCACGAAGUUUGUUCUUCCCGGGGACCUCCUGGGCGGAUCUUUGUUCGCCAACGUGCAUCGGGGCGAGUCCGUGAUCGACCUCUUGAACGCCGUGGAGGUGGAUUACUGCGUCCUGGGGAACCAUGAGUUUGACUUCGGCGCAGACAGAACCAAGGAGCUGAUGAGCAAAUCUCAGUUCCCUUGGCUGGGCUCCAACGUACGAGAGCUGAUCAACGGGGACCGGCCCAUCUUUCACAACACCAUGGACUACGACUUCUUUCCCAUCCAGGUGAGCUCCAAAGAAGUGAAGGUGGGCGUCUUCGGCGUCUGCACCGCCGCAACUCCCCAGCUCUCAGCGCCUGGGAAGUUCGUGGCCUUUGACCAGCCCCACAUCCACGCCCAGCGCUGCGUGAGCAUUCUGCGGGAGCAGCACGGGUGUGAAUUCAUCAUCGCCUUGACGCAUCUCUCCUUGAUCAACGACAAGCACUUGGCCGAGUGGUGUCCAGGUAUCAACGUGAUCCUUGGGGGUCAUGACCAUGACCCCUUUUUUCUGAUUCACCGAGGGGUGCUCAUUGCCAAGUGCGGACAGAAUGCUGAUCAUCUUGGAGUGCUGGAUUUGUAUAUGGACUUUGGUGGUCCCGACAAGUCCUUGCGCGUCGAUCACUCCUUUCAGCUUCUGACGACUUCGAAGACGCCCGCUGAUAAAGCGGUCAGCAAACUGGUGCAGCGUUGGACGUCAACAAACGAAGCGGAUGAGUCCCUUUGCGUGGUCGCGGAGAAGGAGCUGUCCUCAAGGACCCACGAGCUCCGGGCCAAAGAGAACUCCUUCGGUUCCCUGGUGGCGGACGCCAUGCUCUGGCGCUACUCCGCGGAGACCUGCCAGCUGGCGCUGAUCAACGGCGGCUGCGUGCGCGCGGAUCGGAGCUAUCCGGUGGGCCACGUGCUCACCAAGGCAGAGGUUGAGGAGGAGAUGCCCUUCGACGGAAAGGUGGCCCUUCAGAAGCUCAGCGGGGAGCAGUUACUGCGGGGAUUGGAGGAGAUGCUGUCGCAGUGCCCUGCGCCCUCCUCCUCCUUUCCGCACAUUUCGCGGAACGCUCACCUGAGAUAUUCGCCCGCGGCCCCGGCGCUGGCGAAGGUCAGAAGCUUCCAGAUCAACGACUGCGAGGUGGAUCCACAGCGGGAGUACUUGGUUGCGGUCAGCGAGUUCUAUAUCAACUCGGCAGGGGAUGGGGUGAGCAGUUUUCAUGGCGUGCCCGUGCUGAAGAUGCAUGAUGAAUUUAUUCGGGAGGUGGUGGUGAGCUAUUUGCGGACCUUGGAGGAAGUGAGCGGAGCCCUGGGUCGAAUGGAGGCCAUGUGAGCGAGCCAUUGAUCGAUUCCCAGCGAGAUAACAUUUUCGUUCAGAGCCUACCUGGCACACGGACUCGGUGUCGGAGGAAUAAACACAUUCUCACUUGCCCGAAAA